GGUGGUUCAUUAACCAAGUUAGCUUAUUAUUCAACUGUGCAGCACAAAGUGGCAAGAGUGAGAUCCUUUGAUUGUUCUGGAAAGGACAUAGAAAAUGAACCUUUGUAUGAAAUAUCGGUUCAGGAAGAGAUUACAGCUCGACUUCACUUCAUUAAAUUUGAAAACACUUAUAUUGAAACCUGCCUAGAUUUCAUCAAAGACCAUCUUGUCAAUACAGAGACAAAGGUCAUCAAAGCUACAGGUGGUGGUGCCUAUAAAUUCAAAGAUCUUAUUGAGAAGAAAUUGGGGUUAAAAGUAGAUAAAGAAGAUGUAAUGACCUGCCUAAUUAAAGGAUGCAACUUCGUGCUAAGGAACAUACCCCAUGAAGUGUUUGCAUACCAGAAAGAUUCAGAUACAGAAUUCCGAUUUCAGACGAACCACCCAAAUAUUUUCCCUUAUUUACUGGUGAAUAUUGGCUCUGGGGUUUCUAUAGUGAAGGUAGAAACAGAAGACAAGUUUGAAUGGAUUGGAGGGAGUUCAAUUGGAGGUGGAACCUUCUGGGGUCUUGGAGCACUGCUCACAAAAACGAAGAAAUUUGAUGAAUUGCUGCAACUUGCUUCAAAGGGACAGCACACAAAUGUAGACAUGCUGGUGAAAGAUGUGUAUGGUGGCGCCUACCAGACCCUGGGGCUAAGUGGAAAUCUGAUAGCUAGCAGCUUCGGGAAAUCUACUACAGCAGAUAAAGAAUUUUCCAAAGAAGAUAUGGCAAAAAGUUUACUACAUAUGAUCAGCAAUGAUAUUGGUCAACUCGCCUGCCUCUAUGCCAAACUCCAUAACUUAGAUAAAAUAUAUUUUGGAGGAUUCUUUAUUCGGGGUCACCCUGUUACUAUGCGCACAAUAACCUACAGUAUCAACUUCUUCUCCAAGGGAGAGGUUCAGGCAUUGUUCCUGAGACAUGAAGGCUACCUGGGAGCCAUUGGGGCAUUUUUAAAAGGAGCUGAACAAGACAAUCCAAAUCAGUAUAGCUGGGGAGAGAAUUAUGCUGGGAGUUCUGGUCUUAUGAGCACGUCGCCUGAUGUUUACCCUAUGCAGAGAACAAGGAGUGGUACAUUUGAUAUGCUUGAAAUGGAUAGGUUGGAGAGACCGCUUGUUAACCUACCGCUGCUGAAAGACCCGUCAACCUAUAUUCCAGACACUGUUGACCUCACAGAUGAUGCCAUGGCCCGAAAAUACUGGCUCACCUGCUUUGAGGAGGCACUGGAUGGGGUGGCAAAGCGUGCUGCAGCCAGUCAGCCAGACUCUAUUGAUGCACUGGAGAGAGCUGAAAAGUUCCGACAGAAAUACUGGAAUAAGCUCCAGACACUCAGGCAGCAGCCUUUUGCAUAUGGUACCUUAACAGUUAGAAGUCUUUUGGAUACAAGGGAACACUGUUUAAACGAGUUCAAUUUUCCGGAUCCCUAUUCAAAGGUAAAGCAGAAAGAAAAUGGCAUAGCCUUAAAAUGUUUUCAAAGCGUAAUCGAAUCUUUGGAUUCAUUAGGCUGGGAGGAGAGGCAGUUUGCUCUGGUGAAAGGACUUCUUGCGGGGAAUGUCUUUGACUGGGGAGCAAAAGCAGUCUCAGAUGUUCUGGAAUCUGAGCCACAGUUUGGAUUUGAAGAAGCCAAGUCAAAACUACAAGAACGUCCCUGGUUAGAAGACUCCUACAGUCAGUGGCUAGAGCGACUGAAGGGUCCCCCUCAUAAAUGUGCCUUAAUUUUCGCAGAUAACAGUGGAAUAGACAUAAUUUUAGGAGUCUUUCCUUUUGUCAGAGAGCUCCUUUCUAGAGGGACAGAGGUUAUAUUGGCUUGUAACUCUGGCCCUGCCCUAAAUGACGUCACCUACAGUGAAUCCCUGAUUGUCACUGAACGGAUAGCAGCAAUGGAUCCAGUAAUUCAAUCUGCACUGAGGGAAGAGAAGCUGCUGUUGGUUCAGACAGGUUCGAGUUCUCCAUGUCUAGAUCUAAGCCGCCUGGAUAAAGGUUUGGCUGUGCUGGUCAGAGAACGGAAGACGGACUUGGUGAUCAUUGAAGGCAUGGGUCGUGCCAUCCACACAAAUUACUACGCGGCUUUGAAGUGCGAGAGCCUCAAGCUUGCUGUUAUCAAAAACUCCUGGCUUGCUGAUCGUCUUGGAGGGAAAAUUUUCAGUGUCAUUUUUAAGUAUGAAGUGCCGUGUAAAUGAUAUGGAUUUGGUCAGCUGGGUGAACAGGAGCAGCAGAAUGGACUUGCACUAGUUUUACUUUAACUGUAAAGAAUGUAUUUUUAUUACAACAGGGAAAAGAGUUCACAGGAAAUUCCGUAUUUAUAUUGUGCUUUUGUGACUUAAAAAGCAACAAUAUGAUUCACUCUAUAGUAUACACUCUCAAAUAUAUAUAUAUGUAUAUCACUCAUUGUUUAUUUUGGUAAGUGUUUAUUUUAAUGCUGCAGUAUUUGUGAUGAAAAGACUUUAUUUUUUUGUUCUGUGAGACAUUCAUAUAGAAAUAUAUUUAAAUGUCAAUGAAA